AUGUGGCUGCUGAACCGUGGUACCUAUUACCGCUAUUACGGCGCCAAUUCCACCCAAAGCCCUCCCAUUCGCCCCAAGACCGUCGAGGCAAAGCAAUGGGAUCUGACCACUACCGACCCUCUUGGUAGAACUUUAUCUGCUUCCUCAGCACCGGCGGCGUCAAGUUCGCGAUCCCACCAAACCCACACCAUGGACGUAACGCGGGGCUCAAUAUCGAGCAAUUCCACCCUAAGCACUCGGGACGAUACCACCGGCCCAUCUGCGGAGCCCUUCAUCUUGCGCCAUGGACGACGAUACAUCAGGAGUGCUCAAAGCUACCCCCUCCCAUGCGACCUGCCCGAACUCCAUCGUCAGAACCUGCAGACACUCCUUGCCACGGCCGUUUUUGGAAGGGCCCUGGGCUCGACGCCCUCGUAUCCCCCAAAGAAGGUCUUGGAGAUCGGAUGUGGCUCGGGGUACUGGUCGGCUGUGUGCCAUGAAUGGCUCAGUGAACAGGGUUACAAAGACGUCGCCUUUACGGGUCUGGACAUUGUCAACCUGUCUGGAGAUUUACAGCGCCAGGGCAUCGACUGGAGGUUCGUGCAGCACGACUUGCGCAAGUUGCCGCUGCCGUUCGACGAUGAGGAAUUCGAUAUCGUAGUGAUGAAAGAUCUGAGCAUGAUCAUGCCGCUGGGACCGCCGUCUCAAAAGAUACUCGAUGAAGCCACGCGGAUACUCAAGUCUGGCGGGACCCUGGAAAUCUGGGAGACGGACCAUAUUAUUCGAUCGAUCUUGCCGCAUCCCCCGCCUCCGCCAGGCAAGAACCCCCAGGAAUAUGCCUGUGCCGUAUCGACAGGGACAUUUUUGAUUUCGCACAUCACACCAUUCACCGACGUACAGAACAAGUACCUUCAAGACUCCAACGCAUGGAUUCAGGAAGCGCUAGAUCAGCGCAAGCUCUCGCCAACACCGUGUUCUCGAAUAUCGCAAAUACUGCUCCAGGAGACGGAGACGCUAUGUGACGUGGAGAACCGUCGAGUUGCCAUUCCGCUGGGCGAGCCGCGAUGGGAACGUGAAGCUGCAGGCGAAAAGAUAAAACGGCGCGGGAGCGAGGCUGGGAAUCUCAUGAAGGGCGGUGCAAUGUUCGAUAGUUCCAUCCUUACAAGAGAGCAAGCAGCUCUCCGACAUACGGCGUUGUUGAUCGUCAUCCAGCUGAUUGAGAGUCUAGAGCCCCUACUCAAACAAGUCAGUGGGAAGAACCAGGAAGAAUGGCAGCGCUAUUGGAAUUCCAUGAUCAACGAUCUGCUGGAGCAGAAAGGAGCUUCCAGCGGUGAGUGUCUUGAGGUGGGAGUAUGGUGGUGCAAGAAGGUGUAA